GCAAACCUUUUCGACCUGAUUGCGAAAGCAGGCAACUGUAUCACUCUGUGUUCUCUGACCUGAGCGUGCUCCGCCCGUGCUAUCGCGUGCGUUUUGUCUUUGUCUCUCGGGCAUUCCGAGAACCUUCUGUGUGUGUUGUGUUUGGAUUGCACAUACGCACACGCUUCGUAAUCGGCAUAGUAGCGUAGGCGAGAUCGGGCACGCGAAUGUGAGCCAGGUGUAUGUGUGGCAUUGAGGUCGACCGCUGUCUUCUAAGCCCUCGGUGGAUCGCAGUGUUGGUGUGGCUGUACACCUAAGAGAGUGAAUGCAAGGGGCCCGCGAAAGCUUUCGAGGUUGGUGUGUGGGCACUAGAGAGAGAGAGAGAGAGAGAGAGCGAGCACAGGCGGCGAGCGUGGUUCAAUGAUAAGUUGGCACCGGGGGCAAGCUUCAGUCUGAUAAAGCUAAGAAAAGAAAGCAGCUAUGGCGGACGGCGGGGAAGAGCCUGUUGAUCCCAAGGCUGAGAUUGAGGAGUCAUGCAAGCCCAAAUGCGUGAAGCAGCUUCUGCAGUAUCAGGCAUGCGUGGAGCGAGUGGAGAAAGAUGAGACCGGAGAGAAGCACGCCACUGGGCAGUACUUUGACUACUGGGCAUGCGUGGACAAAUGUACUGCGCCGAAGCUGUUUGGGAAAUUGAGAUGACCAUGUCAUCGCAGUGGUGAACACUUCUGUACGGAUGAGUAACAGUCGUGGACUGGAUGUGACUGUCGGUGAUUAAGGACAAAUCUACUGGAUGAGCCUGUGACAGCAACCAGGCAGGCAUGGCAGUGAGCAAUGGCCUCCCCUUUUGAAUCUUAUAUUUGGGAAGGGAUUGUUGUCUUCUUUGUCUCUGAAAAAAGAAAGGUUGUUUGCUGGCAUUCGCAUAAUGUGAAAGUGAGAUUGUCCCUUUCUUUCCCUUCCCUGAUCCCGCUUACCUACCCCCCUUAAACCCAGUCAUCCACCCCAUUCAUUGUAUGCCUCCCUCCCUCGAGCACCCUUCUCUCAGGUCUUUUUCAUGCCUCAAUAAUCAGGCUCUUGUUUUGAAAUGUGACUUUCGAGGGCGUGCUUCCCUGUUCCAUUCCAAGUUGGUUAUUUGUGCUUUAUGCCAAAACAAAAAGGGUAUACUUUCUCCUACUUUAGCAAUGAGUAAAAUUCUACCUUCAAUGCCUUGUAUUUGCUGGCGCUGGCCAGAGACGAGGAGGUUCUACUCUCUGAUUAGAUAUCAUUUGUGUCAGAGUAUGAUUUGACAGUCAACAGCUGAUCAGGGGAGUUGAUGAAAGGGAUGGAUGAAAGGGGGUUAAUGAGCUGUGCCCCAGUUGGGCUCCUUUGCAGUCAUGGAUUGUUAUAAUUGAAGAUUCAAUGUGAAAGAAUUCAGUUCCAGCCAAUUCUUUUAACUCAGAUGGGGACCAGGGGGGAUGAGAACUUGAGAAGUUAGUGUGGGAGGCCUGUGGUGGGGUAUACCAUGAAUCUAAGUCACAGUGUUUAUUCAACUUUGUUGUCACUUUAUUAGUUUAUAUGGUCCGACGCUGGUUCUUCCCGGUUCUUCCUUGUCGUGGUGCUACUUUGGGGUGGGGUUGGGUGCAUUGGUGCCUAAUCCCCCUCCGGAAUGGUGGUGGCAUAUUCGGUUUCUCCGAGUACACAGGACCAAAUGCUUCGUUGAUUUAUAUGUGCUUGAUUUGCCAUAUUCCCUUUUCUAGCCAGCACCCCCAUUUGGGUUCGGACUUCUGGAGUGGUAGGCUUUCCCCUUUAUCGCUCUUGAUCAGCGGGUUGCCAAAGAGGGGUUGUCUAAGGACUUCGUCUUUUCUUCUUUGGACCUGUUCUGUUCUCUGGGAAGAUGAUUCUCCAGGUGUGGAGGAUUUGUUCCCAGAGGGAUUUAGUCUGGGGGGUGUCGUUGGUGUUUCGAUGGGGCGCACGGUUGGAUUCUCUGUUCCCCUUUUGGAAGUGGCCAGGGGUUGUUGAAAAUCCAGAAGAGACUGGUCGUGUUGGUCGGAAAAGUAAAUGGUGCAAGUUCUC